CAACUCCCACGGCAAGAAUCUCGAAUCUUUGCGCGGAAUCCGUCGAUUUAGCUUGACUCAGCUGGAUCACACCCGAGAGGCUUCGAAUUGCGCAAAGGAUUCGAACGGACGAGCAAUUGUUGCGGCUUCACCCAGGCUUUACAAGGCUGAACCAGAGCCGCCGCCAAUGUCUCUUUGAAAAGAAAAUUCCACCACCACCACCACCACAAUCGCUUUCCACAAUCGCUACCAACAAGAAAAAUUGAUAAAACCAACAAAAAAAGAACGACGUUAUCUUUACGACCAACAAUUACAUUCUGUUUAAUUUCGAGGCCCAAGGAGAAAUCAUCACGCCAUAUUCGAUCGCUACUUUUAAUCAAGAGAAGACCCAUCGUAUACACACCGGAACACACGUGUGUAUAUUAGUAUAUCGUCUGUUAGGAAAAAGGAACCCCAGGACCAAGUUGCGCCCUCACCGUUGCAACUGAAUCAACGCUUGACCUCAGCAGUGUCUGUUCGUGGCUCCAGUCAUCAAUAGCCACGAAACCCGCUCGCUCGUCAAGCACAGCUAUUUCCAGCUGUGCCCUGAGGAUCUUCACUCGUUCGUUACAGUUCCAAUUACAAUGGCUGGCCCUGGCGGUGGUCCUCCUCGUCGCAGUCACACUAAGUCCCGCAAAGGCUGUGAUACGUGCAAGCGUCGUCACAUCCGCUGCGACGAGAGCUUCCCUCAAUGCCGCAACUGCACCAAGCACAAGAUCCGCUGCCCGUACAACGACGUGCAGGUGCCUGAUGCAGGUCGCUCCGCUACGCCGGACAAGCCCGAUCUCAUGUGGACGCCCCAGAUUGAGGCUGCGAUCGGCGAGUGGCAGAGGACUGGCAUGUUCCCCUUCCCGUCGCUCCGCAUCUACCCGGCUCCCUCGCCGCACCAAUACUCCCUCGAGGAUCUCCGGUUGAUCUACCACGUUGCCUCCCUGCACUAUCAGCUGAUGACGCAGGAGGCCAACAACUUGACCUUGUGGACGCGAUACAUCCCGACCCUGCUCAAGAUUGGCGCGGAGUAUCCCUUUGUGAUGCAUGCUCUGCUGGCCUUCUCUGCCAUGCACAUUGCCUUCUUGACCGACUGCCCUCUGGUCGGCUCCAUGGCCUUUGAGCACAGGGGCAGGGCCUUCAACGGCUUGCACGAAGCCUUGAACUCCUUCUCUCGCGCUACGUCCGACGCUAUCCUUGCGGCAUCCCUUGUGCUGUCGUGGCAGGCCACUAGCUGGCGCGACUGGACCAAACUCAUGCAGGGGACUACGACGGUGAUUGAAGCAAUGGACGCAUGGAAGCAUGAGUCCGAGUUCACGGACUUUAUUGCUGAGAGCAGCACGUUCCCAACGGCUCCUCCCUCUCCGGACCCUGAGCGCCGGGCUUAUCACCCCCAGAAGGACGACCUUGAGGCGUACCAGCGCACCCUGGACCAGGUCAUGAAGGUGGAGGCUCACCUCAAGCACUUCAAGGAAGACGCAUGCCUCAUGCAGAUGCAGCACUUGAUUGGCUUCCUCAAGGGCGUCCGCAAGAUCAGCCCGACUCUUCCAAUUGCCCAGCAGUUUGAGCGCCUCCAGCUCCUGCGGACUUGGCUCUUCUGGGUGCCGGUCGGCUUCAUUCAGAACUACCAGUGCUCCCCCGCCUCGCUGGUUGCCAUUGCUCACCUGUACACGGCGGCGCUUCUUAUGGAGCGGCUCUUCCCCGAGAUUGGCGCGGCCUACUUUGGCAGCUUGUCCAUGGCCCCGAUUGAGGAGAUUGCCCGGCGGCUCAUGACCAUGAACCUGGCAAGCAGCGUCAAGGGCUCGUACCAGACGCCGCUCACGCUCAUGGAAUACCCGCUCGACACCGUCAGUGAAUUCCGGUCGCGCAUGGGCUGGAUGAGCCCGCAGAGGACGCCCUCGUUCCCUACGUUUCAUCCGCCAAACUUCCCCAUGAUGCGCGAAGAGGUGCCAAUGGUCCCCUCGUCGGAGCCCUACACGCCGUACGGGAACCCUGCCUUCAGCUACAGCGCCGAGAGCAUGCCAAUGCUCAACAGCCCUACCCCGGCAGGCCCACCUGACGGGCUCAGCCCGCUGGCCAUUUCGUCUCCGUACCUGAGCCAGCCCUACCUGAGCGUGCCGUCUCCUUCGUAUGGAAUCUCCUACAGCCCAGCGUCGUCGACCUUUGAGGCCUCCCUCGCGUACAGCGAUUCCGAGGAGUACAGUGGGUAUGACAUGCGAGGCUUCCAGUCCAGCCACUCGCCGAUAUUCGAGGACGCGCAAAGCAGCGGCUACCCCGUCGGGUUCGUUCUUCCCCAGCAGUCCGUGUGGAUCUAG